AUGUCUGCCAGGCAGACACCGGGAUUGCACUGCCUGCAAGGAUCUGCUCAGUCCUUCCUGGGUGUGCGGAGCACUGAGUUCCUGGACAGGAGUGCGCAGGCAGAAUGCCCCAGGCCAGGGCUGGAGAGAGAGGGGGCUGGGUUCCGAGUGACGUGGGGGGACCCCGGGGAAAGACUGCGGGAGGGGGAAGCUCGGGCCCAAGGUGUGUGUGCCCCGGCCGCCCUCGGGCCCGGCAUGCUCUGGGCCGCGGCUUGGGGGCUACUGCUGCUCAUAGCCCCCGCGGAGGCGCAACGCGGCCGGAAGAAGGUCGUGCACGUGCUUGAGGGCGAAUCAGGCUCGGUGGUGGUGCAGACGGCUCCUGGUCAGGUGGUCAGCCACCGGGGCGGCACCAUCGUCCUGCCCUGCCGCUACCACUACGAAGCAGCAGCCCACGGCCACGACGACGUCCGCCUGAAGUGGACCAAGGUGGUGGACCCGCUGGCCUUUGCCGACGUCUUCGUGGCGCUGGGUCCCCAGCACAGGGCGUUCGGUAGCUACCGUGGACGGGCCGAGCUGCAGGGCGACGGGCCCGGGGACGCCUCGCUGGUGCUCAGAAAUGUCACGCUGCAGGACUAUGGGCGCUACGAGUGCGAGGUCACCAACGAGCUAGAGGAUGACACCGGCAUGGUCAAGCUUGACCUGGAAGGCGUGGUCUUCCCCUAUCACCCCCGUGGGGGCCGCUACAAGCUGACGUUCGCCGAGGCGCAGCGCGCCUGCGCCGAGCAGGACGGCAUUCUGGCCUCGGCCGAGCAGCUGCACGCGGCCUGGCGUGAGGGCCUGGACUGGUGCAACGCGGGCUGGCUCCGCGACGGCUCCGUGCAGUACCCAGUGAGCCAGCCCCGUGAGCCCUGUGGCGGGGCCGUGAGCCCCGGUGCCGGCGGCAGCACCUCCGGGGGCGUGCGCAACUACGGUUACCGACAUAACGCGGAGGAGCGCUACGAUGCCUUCUGCUUCACUUCGAACCUCCCGGGGCGCGUGUUCUUCCUGAAGCCCUUGCGGCCCGUGCCCUUCGCAGGGGCGGCGCGCGCGUGCGCGGCGCGCGGCGCAGCGGUGGCCAAGGUAGGGCAGCUGUUUGCCGCGUGGAAGCUGCAGCUGCUGGACCGCUGCACGGCGGGCUGGCUGGCUGACGGAAGCGCGCGCUACCCCAUCGUGAACCCGCGUGCUCGCUGCGGGGGCAGCCGUCCUGGCGUGCGCAGCCUGGGCUUCCCUGACGCCGCCCGCCGCCUCUUUGGCGUCUACUGCUAUCGCGCGCCUGGAGCGCCCGACCCCGCGCCAGGCGGGUGGGGCUGGGGUUGGGCCGGCGGCGGCGGCUGGGCUGGAGGAGCACGAGACCCCGCCGCUUGGACACCACUGCGCGUCUAG